UUUCCAACCAUCAUUAACAUUCACAGAAGAAGAAAAAGCCAUGGCUUGUUGGUGACUGAUUAUGGAUGAAGUUUAGUGAUGGUUGUUUAGCAGACGCCUGUGCGUCACACAGAGGAAGCAUGGAGCUCGCAGAGAGCAGUGCACCGUCCUCCUGCAGAGAGCUGCUCUGCUGCCUGGAGGACUGUCACCGCUGCCUCCUCAGAGGAUCACCUCCUGCACUGAGCGCCGCUCAGGUGGCAGAGCUGCUCUUCUCCGGCGUUUGUGGACAGGUUCCUGGAGGGCAGGCAGAGCAAAGCGCUGACGCGGUGUGGGAGCUGACAGGCUUCAGUGUGAGCCUGCUGGGGAAGAUCUGCUGCUGGGUGUCUGCUCAGAGUCUGCACGGAGACAGCUGGGCGGCCAUCCUCAGGCUGCUGCUUGAACACAUGGACGUCAUGGCCCAGCUUGUGCACCACUUCCGGGCCGAGGACCAGCUGAUCUCACAUCUGGCUGCAAAGACCGCAUCCGAGUGCGUUUUCUACCUGCUCAGCACAUCUGGAACAGUGAGUCCUGCUUGGCAGUGGACGUGUGUGCAGGCUUUCAGCAGCUCUCCUCCUGCUCCUGAACUGGAUGCCUGCCUCUGGUCACUCACCGAGGUCCUCAAAAAGCUUCUCAGACAGUCCCAUCCAGUGCUCCUCGGAGAACUCGUGGCAACAUUUGACUGCAGCCUGAUUGCUCUUUGUUGCAAGUUGCUUCCUGCCGACGGAACAGAGGUCUCCUUCAGCGGCCGCUGGGGAACCACGGUUUGCCUCCUGUUGGACCUGCUGGAGGUGCUGACUAUGGCGGCUGUCACGCGUGGGGGCGGGGUCCCCCUGAGAAGCCAGAGAAUACCUGGACUCCACUCGGCAGCCCUCCUGACGAUUGUCAGCAGCCGCUCUGAGUACUUUGUCAAAAAGCGAAUCCUGCUGCUCCUCAAGAGAUUUCUGCUUCAGAAGCUUGGAGACGACUGGUCCCUGGAGGGGGUGUUGUCUACGGCACGGGAGCGCAGGGGUCCCAGUGCCGAUGGGCGUGCGCUGGCUCAGAGCGUCUUGAAGGCGGUGGCUGACAACUGGCUGCAGAGUGUUCAGGUGGAGCAUGCUGUUUUCUUUGGAGGGGCCCGACGCAGGCAGCAAAACGAAGGCCUGAAACCAGACGGGACGCUGCUGAGGGCAGUCAGCCUGGUUCUUCUCAAGUCUGUAGAGCUUCACUUCCAAACAGCUGCUGCAGGAGUGGACAGUAGAAUGGAGGUUAACUCAUAUCUAGGCAGUCUGUGGACCUUCUUGAGGCGGUGCAAUGCCUCUCAGGUUGAAGUCACUCACCCCUGCAGCUGGAUCAGCCUGCUGUUUGGAGAACAGGAUGAUGACCUGAUGGAGGCAGCCAGUGCAUUCCUCUCCAUAUUCCUCAGCUACAGACAAUGUUCAGGGCUGGAGGAUUUUUCCAUCCUGGAGGAAGCGUGUGCAUCAGGAUGCAACCCUCACUGCCACUUUGUGCUCCUGCUGCAGAGCCUCUCCUUCGAUCACAGCAUCCUCCUUGACUUCCUCAUCUCCUCUGAAACCUGCUUCCUGGAGUACUUUGUUCGCUACCUGAAGUACCUCCAGGCCGACUGGCUGGGCUUUACUGCCGCGUGUGGACACAGGACCGUGCCUCUCGCUGACUCCCAUGGUUCUGAGCCCGGCGAAGGCCUCCGGCCUGGCGGCUCUGCUCCAACAUUGGAAGAGUCCAGCUUGGGUGUAGGGCUUCGAAUUGUAGAGUACGAUAGUUCGGAUGAGUCCGGUGAGGAAACCCCUGACCCAAACAAACAGUCUGAAUCCCCAACAGCAGUAAUGGGUGAUGUUAGCUCCGAGCUGAAAACCAAACCCAGUACAUCAGUGGUACAAAGUGACCAGGAGUGUCCGACUGCAGCAGCUCUGUUGGAGCAAGGGGCUUGUGAUACGCUGUGUAGGGUGGUCUCCUGUCUGUCAGAGCUCAGAGCGGUGGUGACCAGGCUGCAGACUAAGAAACUCUUCCCGUACAACCCUUCAUCGCUUCUGAAGCUUCUAGCACACAUAGAAAACUAUCAUCAGAGGUCGCCGCCUGCACUUUCACAAAAAUAAACUUUUUUAAU